AUGAUUCCUGAGCAAGGUGAGCACAAGGCUUUUGUGCAGAGAAAUACCAACGAAACCAAAAUCCAGAUCGCCAUUUCCUUAAAUGGUGGUCACAUUGAAAUUCCAGAGUCCAUCAUAGGUAAGAAGAGAGUUGAAAGUGAUGGCGUAGCUACGCAAGCUACUAGUUCUCAAACGAUCGACAUUCAUACCGGUGUCGGAUUCCUCGACCAUAUGAUUCAUGCUCUGGCGAAACACUCUGGUUGGUCACUAAUCGUUGAAUGUAUUGGUGAUUUGCACAUCGAUGAUCACCAUACCACUGAAGACUGCGGUAUUGCCCUAGGUGAUGCUUUCAAACAGGCCUUGGGACAGGUACGUGGUGUGAAAAGAUUUGGAUUCGGUUUUGCGCCAUUAGAUGAGGCUUUAUCAAGAGCUGUUGUCGAUCUAUCCAAUAGACCAUAUUCUGUUAUUGAAUUAGGAUUGAAAAGAGAAAAAAUCGGUGAUUUGUCCUGUGAAAUGAUUCCACAUUUUCUAGAAAGUUUUACUGAAGCAGCUAGAUUGACUGUUCAUGUGGACUGUUUGAGAGGUUUCAACGACCAUCACAGAAGUGAAAGUGCAUUUAAGGCACUAGCGGUAGCCCUUAGAGAAGCAACUUCACCUAAUGGUACCAACGAUGUCCCAUCUACGAAGGGUGUUCUCAUGUGA